AUGGGUAUUCACACAUCAUCAACUCCAUCAAAGUUCUUUAGCAAUUCAGGUGGUUGUCAGCUUGAAAAGAAACUUAACUUCUGUAAGUAUGACUUGGACGAAAAGGAUCGCAUACUUACAAAACUUUCUACUGAUGUAGACCAGCGACUGCGAAGUUCGUUCUCUCAACCUAAUCAUUUAAACUUCAUUCAUGACACCCAAACGAAGAUUGAACAACGGAACAGUAAGUAUGGUGAAUAUGGUUCAAGCUUAAAGGAGGAAUCAGAUAAAUUAGAUAAGCAUUCAAGUGAAUUAAACAUAGAAGAACAAAAUGCGUUAAUUGUAAAUACUGAGAUACCAUAUCGGCUUGUGAAACACGAACAGGAUAAGACGAAAAAAGCUGUAGAAAAUUUUCGAGGCUCGCUGAACCAUAUUGCUGAUCAACAACAAACUAUUGAAAUACUAAAGGUCGAUGGUGAAUAUACAAAGCGUUAUGCCAUGGAGAUGGAUGAGCGAUAUAAAAACCUAGUGGAUUGGAUGCAUGUCAUUGUCACUUCAACAAAACCUCCAUCUUCAGCGCAGGAAGAGUUUGAUUUCUCAAACGAUGCUGUUCAACGGUUGAAGACAGAAAUCGCUUUUAGCAUCACCAAAUCGCGUGAAAAUACUGUUCUAAUUGAAGAACUUAAGGAUGAAAUCUCAAGCAAGAAUUUGCAGAUUUCUCAUCUUAAGAGUGUUAUCUCCCAACUUACACGCAGUGGUGUACGUCGAUUGGAUGACAAUUUUGAGGAACCACAACAAGAGCCUGCAGCAAUGAAUGCAGUUCGGAUUGAAAAUGCUGCCUUGAAGAAACGUUUGAAUACAUUGGAGUUACAAUUAGACGAGGCGAGAAAUCGAAUUUCUCGAUUUGAGGACAAUUCGGUAGGUGUAAGUGUUGAAAACAACAAUCACUUUGCCGACUCUAGGCAAUCACUAUCCGACUUACUGAAUCGUUCAGCAUGGAGAUGCAACGACUCCGAGGAGGAAAUUCUUGAGGUUGUUCGAAGGGUUUUAACUGCGCUUGCCAACAAUGCAGAGGAAUGUUCUCGAUUGCAAAUAAAAUUAUCAGAAGUAGUUGGCCAAUUGGCGGAUGCUGAACGGAAACUUGAGUGUUUAGAGGGUGAAUUAUUGGCGUUGAGGUCAAAACAAAGCCAAAGUCUCACAAAGUCGGUGGAAUUUCUCAACCGGACUACAGAUCUUGAAGAUUCACACGAGAGGUUGAUGCAAUUCUUAAGGCAGUUGGAAAGUCGCCUACCCGUUGAUCAGAGUGUUUUUGUUCAAAUGAGUGUUGCUGAUCGUCGAAAUUUUAUUUUAGGAUUUGGACAGGGUGGUUAA